AUGCUUAUUGCAGUUUCAGCAGAUGCAAACAAUCAACUAUUUCCACUUGCCUUUUCAAUUGUGGAGGGUGAGAACAAUGAUAGUUGGGGUUGGUUUAUGGCAUGCAUAAGGGAAUUUGUCACUCAACGAAGAGGCCUCUGUGUGAUAUCUGACCGUCAUCCAGGUAUUAUUACCAUAGUGAAUCAGGUUGGAUCAGAGUGGAUUGAACCAUUUGCCGACCAUCGUUUUUGCAUCCGCCAUCUAGCAAGUAAUUUUAAUACUAAAUUUCAUGACAAAAUAUUGAAAAACCAUCUAGUUGCAGCGUGUUAUGAAAAUCAGGUUUUCAAAUUUCAGAGAAAGAUGGAAACAAUUGGCAAGAUAAAUCCGAAAGCUCGAAAAUGGCUAGAUGAUUUGCGAGUUGAGAAGUGGGCUCUAGCACAUGAUGGUGGCAAAAGCUAUGGAAUAAUGACAACAAAUUUAUUAGAGGUAUUUAACAGUGUGUUGAAGGGUGCACGCUCUUUACCAAUAACAGCUUUGGUGCAACUUAGUUUCUAUCGUGUCAACAGCUAUUUUGCCAUUAGACGGCAAUUUGCAGUUCAAAGAAGUGUUAGCAACCAAUCUUUCACUCCUUUUGUAGAUGGAAAAAUAAGUUCUUAUGGGAUCAAGGCAGGAGGACAUGAAGUGGUCCUAUUUAACCGAGCCACUGGUUCAUUCAGCAUUAAAACUGGUUGA